AUGGCUACGCCUCAGUCUGUCCAAUGCCAAGAUGAGGACACCAGCAUAGGUGUCAUUCAAGGCACAUGCACAGUGAGGCGUGCAGCCAGCGAAGAUGGGGUCACGGCCUAUGAGGUGUACUGGGGAAUGAACGCAACUCAUGCCAUUCCGGGCGUGCCAAGCUUGGGUCGCGUCACAUUGGCAGGCUCAGCGUUGUCGGUGGAUGUGCUAAUUGCCCAGACAGCAAUCCAUUCUGGCGCGAGCCAUUUGCUGGCUUUCGCAGCAGGUCUGGGGGGUGUUGCGCCUCAGGGAGCCUCCACACCGCUGGUGGACAAUGCCGGCCUGACUCUGUCGCCCUCCAGCCUGGACAUUUUGGGCACUCCCGACUCCACUGUCACGGGCAGCGUCACCAUCAACAACGCCGGCACCAGCGGUGUCACGCUCAACGUGGAGCUGCUCUUUGACACAGGCUCCGCAGAAGGGAGCUCCAGUGCAGCUGGCUCCAGCUCCAGCCCCAGUUCCAGCUCCAGCUCUAGCAGCUCCAGCGCUUACACCUUGCCAUCCGCCUGUUUGCAGGGCUCCCUGCCGGUGGGCAAGAACCGCCUCAUCUUCAAGGCCAAGGCCGACACGAAAGAGGCCAGGCGCUUGCACGCCAAGAAUUUGGAGAGCAGACACGGGGCCAAGGUGAAGAGCUUUGAUCAUUUGGGGGGUCUGGCCUUUGCAGAGCUCAAGAACACUUCUCUGAAGAGCUACUGCCAACUGUUUGUGGACUUGGAGAACGACCCGCUGGUUGCCUUUGUGGAGGAAGACAAGACAUGGCAUGCCAUUGGAAACACCAUCCAGGUGGAGGAGGAUUUGUUCCUGAGCCCGGGCAAAAUGCCCAAGUCUCCGCCCUCGCGCCUUGGUCGGAUGCAUCGGUCCCGGAGGGCUGACAACGCUGCUUCCUCCGUUCCCAACGACGGCUCCUUCGACGAGUUGUGGGGCUUGCACCAAGACAACGAUGUGGACAUCGAUGCGUUGGAGGCUUGGGCGAUUCACCAGGGUUUGAAUGGCCGCGUGAUCAUCGCGGUGAUCGACACGGGGGUGGACUACAAUCACGAGGAUCUCCGCAAUCAGAUGUGGACAAAUCCUGGAGAGAUACCGGGCGAUGGCAUCGACAACGACGGCAACGGCUUUGUGGAUGAUGUGUAUGGUUACAACUUCUAUGGGGACAAUGGUGAUCCCAUGGAUUCAAAUGGCCAUGGAACGCACUGUGCAGGCACCAUUGGUGCAGAAGCUGGCAACUCGGUGGGUGUCGCCGGCGUCUCCUGGAAGCCACAAAUCAUGGCUCUGAAAUUUCUGGGUGCUAACGGAGGCUCCACUUCAGAUGCUAUCCGUUCAGUGGACUACGCUGUGCAAAUGGGUGCGCAGAUCAGCUCGAACUCCUGGGGGGGCGGGGGCAGCUCCACAGCGCUUAUUGCUGCCAUCAACGAAGCGGCCAAUCAGAACCACUUGUUCAUUGUGGCUGCAGGCAACGAUGGACGGGACAACGAAAUCAGCGCAACUUAUCCUUGCAACUACAACUUGCCCAACAUGAUUUGUGUGGCUUCUACAGACAGUCAGAACGACAUCUCGUCUUUCUCCAACUGGGGCACCAAUGUUGUCCAUAUUGCUGCCCCUGGAUCCAGGAUUUAUAGCACCUACCCGAACAAUAGGUAUGCAAGCCUUUCCGGAACAUCGAUGGCAACCCCACACGUCUCUGGCGUUGCUGCAUUGGUCCUUGACUACGUACCCACGCUGACAUAUCAGGAACUGCGUCAGCUCAUUCUGGAUUCCGCAGUGAGGUUUGACAAGUUUGCAAGCAAGGUCUCUACCGGAGCCUUGCUGAAUGCACACGCUGCGCUUGUCAUGGCAAGCCAGCACGCAUGGGCCCGCUUGACCGCGCCCAGCACCGGGGCCAUCACGGUGCCAGCCCAGGGUUCAGCGGCGAUCGCUGUGGAGCUGGGAGGACCCAGACUCGAGCAAGGGGAGUAUCGAGCCAGGCUGCGAAUUUGGAGCCAGGUCGGGGACAUCAUCUACUCGCGCCUGGUGCCAAUUCUCUACACCCUCCACGAAUAUGCCUCUGCUCCUCUCUCAACCGCAGGCCCAAUUGGUCUUGAGUUUGCAGAUGUUGAUGGUGGCAGAGGUGUGAUUGCGGGUGCCUUGACAAUCACCAGAGCAACUGCAGAGGUGGAAGCGAGCUUUUCGCAGUAUCACAUCUUCUGGGCAGAUGCAACGGAGAAUCGCAUGUCUGACAUGCCCUUCGCCAUCUUGGACACCGGGAAUCUGCUGCGUGAUGAUUUCUCCUUCUUCGACUCCUCCUUUUGGUUCGUUCCCAACUCAGACACCUGGUCCGUGUCCGAGGGCGCCGCCGUGUUUUCGGGCCACUACCCCACCAGCCACCUCGCCCUGGCGCGGCGCUUUGCCCCGCCCUUCACGGUGAAGACCAAAAUCAGGAAGGCCAGCGGCGCGCUGGCGCACAUGGUGCUGCAGAUCGGCGGCUCGGAGGCCAGCCUCUUCGGCUCUGGCAACGGCAUUCGGGCGAUGUACAUGGGAUCCCAAAAGGUCCUGCUGUCCGACGCGGGAGAGCAUGAAUCCGUGCCUUGCAGCUUGGGGACAUGGUUUGAAGUGACCAUCACAGUCCGCUCCAAUUCCGUGACCUUUGCGGACAACCAGGGAUGCCAAGAGAUCGUCAUUCCUGUAAGCAUUGAGUCCACUCAAAACAUCCGCAUUGGCGCAGACUGCACCGGUGAUUGUGUCAUUCAUGGCGGGAGCGUGUGGGAAUAUUUCGAAGUGAGCGGAGGACUUUAUGCAACCUUCAACGUUCCUGCGAACACGGCCAUUCCGGAUGACGCGGCCGGUUUUGUGGCGCAUGCUUGGAAUGUUUUGGGCCUGCAGCCAUUUGGAGUAUUUGCCCCAGUGGAAGAUCAUCGAGUUGCUGUGCGUGCAGCAGCGCCGCUGGAUGUCAGCGCAAGCUCGCCGGAGACAAACCCCACCAGCAGCUUGACUGUUUCCUGGACGCGUGGAUUGCUGAACGAUUGCUCCUCACACUUCCAGAAGUAUGAGGUUUUGGCGCAAGCUUCCAAUGCAGACUGGUUUGCAGCUGAAGGUUGUCAGAACUUGGUGAACCUGAAUUCUCAAAGCUGUCUGGCUACAGGACUGAGCACUGACAUGCCAUAUCAGUUCAGGGUGCGUGUGGUUUGCAGCCUUGAAGAGACACAGAGUUUGUGGAGCGAGAUCUCGGCGACAGCAGUGACGCAUCCAUUCCCUGCUGCUGCUCCAACACAGGUUCGGGCGCGACUUCCCGGCUCCACCUUGUUGCUGGUGUCGUGGCAGACGGAGACCUUGAAUGACUGCGAGUUUGUGGAGUCCGUGGUUGAAGCGCAAGUGGUGGGGCAGAGCUCUUGGUUCCGGCCGGAGGGAUGCACAGGUCUGACGCUCCUCAACUCUUAUCACUGCACCGCGCAGGCGCUGACACCCGACACAUCCUACAUCUUUCGAGUGCAGACCAGCUGCUCCGACCCUUUGUCAAGUAGUGGCUUCAGUCUAUCAAGCACCCCAGCCUCAACACUGGCCAGCGCACAAGACUGGGAGUCAUCGCAGCGGCGAAUGCUUUCCGUCAGCAUGACAGCAGACCUGGAUUACAACACUGUCCUAUCGACACCCAGCCUCAAGGAAGGGCUGAUUGCACGCAUCAUCAGUGAUACAGCGACCCGGCUGGGCAUUGAUGCUUCAAAGGUGCAGGUGGAGCUUCUCGCUGGCGCGGCGCUCUCAUCCUCCCGCCGACUUUCCACAGUGUCCACGGUCUUUGCUGUGACGGUUGAAGGUGUGGCGGAGGGCACCCAGACAGAGGCAUCAAGCAGCAUGGCCCAAGAGGUUGCCUCUGCAGUGCAGACAGAAACUGGUGCUGCCAGUGAGGUCUCAGUCAGCAGUACGGCCACCUUGACUGCAGCAACUACCCCUGAGCGUAUCAUGUGGACUGAUUUGGGCAGCGGACGCGUUCAGCUAGCCUGGAAUGCAAGGCCACUGAAUGACUGCUCUUUCCUUGCCUGGCAUGUCAUUGCUUUGUCGGGAACCUCUGAAAUGUCUCCGACAGGCUGUUCCAAUCUUGUGGACCUGUCCCAGACAAGCUGCGUGGCUUCUGGCUUGGAUCAAAGCGGCUAUACGUUCACAGUCUCUGUCUUGUGUGCGGACCCUGCUGCAAGCAGUCAGCGAUCUGAAGCCAGCGACGCAUGGUCCUUGGUGGGCACGCUGAAUCUUGUCUCUGCUGAGUUUGUUGAGGAUUUCUCUGUAUUGCUUCUUUCAUUUGAUGGUACAGUCACUACUGCGCAGUUGCUUCCAACGACUUGCGUGGAUGCCUUUGGUGGUACGAGCAACGCGCUCGGCAGUGGCAUCACCUGCAAGGUGAUAGGAUCACAGCUGCGCGUGACCUUGGGAGCAGGAGCAUCUUUACGUUUGGGUGAGACUGUUCGCAUGAACAGUGCAGGAGGCUCCGCUGUAGUGACUACUUCAUCAGAGGCACCAUCAGUCGUGGGUAUCUUGUCUGCCACACCGUCCGUUACCCAAGCUUGCGUUCCUGUAGUGCUUUUGUUGCAGACAUCCGGUGCCGCUGGAAGGGCGCUUGACAUCAAGUGGAUGACAGACCGUCCAGGCUCCUUGCAGAACUUGCUGGACUCUGCUACCGAGGACUCGGCCUCAAGCCUGACUCUCUCUCCGACACUUUUGCAGGAGAUCCUUGCCACAGCGGAUGCAAACACCACUAGCCUAACGGCCAAUGUGAGUGUGCAAGUCAGCAACUGGCUGGGCCAGAAUGCGACUGCCAGUGCCGCCGUGACUUUGCUGAAGAGUGCUUCCUUAAUCGCAAGCAUUCAAGCCUCAGGUCCAGCACAGCUGGUUCGCCAGUUUGACGAUCCCUUGGAGCUCGAAGUAACCACCAGUAUUGGCAGCACCUGCGAGUCCAACCUUGAGGCUAAACUGACAACCACCUGGCAUUACCGACCCUCGGAUUCGGCAACAUGGAUGACUCUGGCAGAGGCAGGUUUGUCCGACUUGUCCGCGAUGCCAAACAUCCUACGCCUUGCACCAUAUGCUCUGCCAUCUGGCAGUCAUGAACUGCGAGCCACAGCGGCAUUUGAGGGUGCCGUCGGUGAGAGCGACUCUCUUGCCUUUAGCAUCACAGUGGAGAGCCCUACACUGGACUUUGAGAUCAGCGGGCCUCAAUCUGUGGGAGUUGGCUGUGGCUUUGAGCUAGGCACUAUGGUCGCGGCCUCGCACCCUGAUGCAGUGCUGUCAUAUCAAUGGGCGUGCCUGCAGCCGGAGAAUUGCAGCUUCAUGCUUUCAAAUUUUGCAGCCAGUGCAGAAGUGUUGGAUGGCUCAGGGUAUUCAGGAGCUCGACUUGCAGUUGCGCCGGCCAACGUUUCUCAAGGAGCAUAUACUUUCAGAAUCACUGUGACGAAUCAGAUUCCGAGUAUGCCUGCCGUAUCUCUGCAGAAGGAGGUUACUGUUCUGGUACAGCAAGGAGGUCCACUUCCCGUGGAGAUCAUCACUCCAUGGACAAGCAUGAGCCGCCUCUCAGUGCAGGAACAAAGCUUGCCCGAGCCCGUGGUGGCGCACGUGGGAUCUGCUGCGGAUGCCUGCCAGGUGCCAAGCUCUUCGGUGUACUUGUGGGUUCUGGCCACUGCCACCGAGCCAAGCGAAAUCCUGGCCAGCCUCGACACGAAGGUGGUCUUUACAGGUGCCACGGCAGGUGUGGCCACGGUGACCAGCGUUUCCUUCCAGAGUGCGCUGUUGCCCUCCAUGAGCUACGUGUACGCACUGCUGCGUGCGGAGAGCUCUUCUCAGCUGACUCAAGGAGAGCAGUCAGCCACCCUGCAAGACGCUGCAGCCCUGGGCAUCUCCGUCUCAAAGUCGGCUCCUUUCGUGGCCGACGCCGCGCCCUCUGCGGGCGUAGCCGUGGCAACUCCGGAGGUGGGUGAAGCCUUGAAGACGCAAUUUGUGCUCAGCACCAAUGGCUGGUCUGACGAGGACGAUUCAUCUCUGCGCUAUGCUUUCUAUGUCUUCCCCGUCACGGCCAGCUUUAGCAUCACUGCCGGUGAAGAUGGGAAGCUGCAAUCCUCGCCCGCCUUCCAGCCGCCCAAGAUCAAUUGGGAUGACCCUGAGAGCGCAGAGUACUGGAUAAAGCUGGGAGGGCUGACCGUGCGCGGAUUUGGAUCUGCAGCCAGUGCUGGAAGCACACUCCCCAGCAACACCUUCUUCACGGUUGCGCGUGCAAAGGACAAGCUCGGGGCAGUGGCUGACUCUGCUGUCCUGGGUCCAGUGGUGGAGCAGCCAUCAAGCCUCUCCGCCUCGGACCUGACGAAUGCGCUGGCAGAGUCGCAGACUUCCAGCGACCCCAAUCAGAUUCUGAUGUCAGUUCAGACGGUCAUGAGCAUGUCAGGUUCUGUGGACGGGGAGUCCUCAACAGUGACGGCAAUGGCACUUGAUGCCUUGGUCAGCGUCACGACCAUGGUAGAUGCAAGUGAUGAGACCUUGCAGCAAAUGGGAACGGCUGUCACCCAGGUAGUCGCUGGCAGCACUGCAGACAAAUCUUCCUUGACAAAGGCUGCUGACGUGAUCGGAUCCUGUUUGGCGCUGGCCAGCGAUGGCGUGUCGGCUGCUGCCGGCUCGUCACUGCUGGGAGGCAUCGCGUCGAUCGGCGGAUCCUCCUCACAGCUGGACAGCACUGAAGUGAAGUCGGUGAGCUCGAAGCUCACCUCGCUGGUCUCCGACCUGGGACAAGCAGCCGUGAAGUCCUUGCAAGCUGGUGAGGUGCAGGAGAUCAAUUCGUUGGACGAGAGCGGAGAAGGCAUCAAAAUGGCUGUGACAAAGCAGUCAAGCGCUGAGGCUGCUGCCUCUGGCAUACAAAUGGGGAAGCUGUCGAUGCCUGCGGGAGCUUUCGCGGGCCGGAGGCUAGCCGCGAGCUGCGGAGAUUUGGAGGUGCAGAUCACUGAGUGGCUGAAGAGCAAUCCCUACAGCUACACUCAGAACGUUGCCGGCAGCAAUGGCUUGGUGGCUGAAAACGCCGACACCUUUGCGGUGGAGAUCACGUCCUGCUCUGAUGCCACCGUCGUCUCAGAACCAGUCAGUGUUUCCCUUCCUUUGCCAGCCUUCGGAGCCGCCCCUGCUGGCUACCGGUUCAUCCCGACUUGUGCUCGCUUCGACGUACCCAGCGAUUCCUGGACCAGCAAUGGCGUUUCCACUACGAAUGCAGCGUCUGGCACGGUGAUGUGUUCGUCGAUGGAGACAAAGACGUCCUACGCAGUCUUCGCUCAUGUCGUAGAGUCCGGCACCACCCAGCUAUCGACAAGCACUGAGCCGGAGCCAGGCACCACGAAUGGGAGCGGAGAGGUGUCUAGCACUCCGCGACCCUCCUCAAGCAUUGCCGUCGCAGCAUUGGCGGCCACGGCGGUGCAAAUCUUGAUUCCAUUUGCGUGGGUGUAA